AUGUCUUACCGUAACGAUCGCAACGCUUUCGGAGGAGGCCCGGCUUCCUUCGCUGAACGACCUCCUGCAUAUUCCUCUCCAUCUUAUGCAAGAGGCGACAGAGCCUCGCAUCCGCCAAAGUACGCCGCCGUGAACACAUCAACACCUCGCGAUUUCCAAAAUAGACCACGGUCGAAGCGCAAUCCGAAGACCUGGUCUCGAAAAUGCUGGAUCAUUCUAGCCGUCAUCGUCGUCAUUAUUCUCAUUAUCGUGAUCGUUGUCCCGGUCGUUGUCACUCGCCAUAGUCGCUAUCCGGAUUACUCUGCCCUGACUUAUUCCUUGGCCGCAACAUAUUCUGGCACGACCUUUUUCGAUAAGUUCGAUUACUUUACGGGUUAUGAUCCUGCCGCGGGAUUUGUGCAUUAUGUCGACGGUCCAGGUUCUGCCGCUCUUAAUCUCACAUAUGCAAGUCCAUCGUCUGCAGUGCUGCGCGUCGAUAUUUCAGAUACAGAUACGACUACUGGUCGUAAAUCCGCCAGAAUCACGUCCAAGGAGACCUACGACAGUGGGCUGUUUAUCUUUGAUGUUCUACACUCUCCCUACGGCUGCUCUACCUGGCCGGCUUUGUGGUUAUCAGAUCCUUCAAACUGGCCCACCAACGGCGAGAUCGACAUCAUGGAGGCAACCAACCUCGCUCCUGUCGGAAAUCAAGUCACCCUCCACACGACCAACCAUUGCAGCAUGGGAGUCAAGCGCAAGGAGACCGGCAAGGCUCUGAAGUCAAAUUGCCUCAACGCCACUGACGGCGACAGUGGGUGUGGCGUCCGUGGCAACACCGCCAGCUAUGGAGAAGAAUUCAACAGCAACGGUGGCGGUGUCUAUGCUAUGGAACUGCGCGACGCUGGCAUUCGAGUCUGGCACUUUGACCGUGACAGCAUUCCUUCCGAUAUCACCACCUCGACCUCCAACACAACCGACGUCAUUCCCAAUCCUUCUACCUGGCCCGAGGCUCUGGCUGAUUUCCCAAGCACCAACUGUAACAUCGGCGACCAUUUCCGUAACCAGAGUAUCAUUGUCGACAUUGAUUUAUGUGGUCAGUGGGCUGGGCAGUCGACGUACUUCAACACUCAGUCAGGCUGUCCGGGCACAUGUGUCGACUACGUGAGCAACCAACCUGGCAGUGCGUACAAAAAUGCCUAUUGGGAGUUCGGAAGCUUCAGAGUCUACCAAGCCUCUUAG